UUGAAGCCAAAUUAACUCUGGGCGUUCCAUUAAACCUAAGCAAAAUAGUGCAAAAUCGGGCUUUAAAAAAAUAUUGAAAUAAAGCAUGUGUAAAUACGUGGAUGUGCCGAAAAGCUAUGUGUAAAUUACGGCGCGAAAUCGAAAAUUGAAAUUAGAGAAAAACAAUGCAGCAUGGAUCGUCUCGCAUUCCGAAACAGGAAGCUCUUCCGAAUGCCAUCUCCGGGCCCGAUUCGAGUAACUGGACUUCGUUGCACGAGGCGGUGGCCGCCGGGGAUGAUCGUCGGGUGGAAGGUCUCCUGUUCAGCAAUGCGGACCGCCUGGCGAAGGAAUCCCUGCAGGGGAACACCCCACUCCACGAAGCCGCCAGUCGGGGUUACAGUCGUUGCGUGAAACUGAUCUGCACACCCCCAACUCCACCCACUUCGUCGGGGGUGGGAAAAGCUGCCAAGGGGCAGAAGGACAAAGACAAGGACAAGGAUAAGAACAAGGGAAGGGCGAAGGUGGCCCACCAGACCAUCGAAGCCCUACACAAUAGCGCUUUGAGUAUAGCCAACAAUGAGGGGUUGUCGGCCCUGCAUUUAGCGGCCCAAAACGGUCACAACCAGAGCUCCAGGGAACUUCUUUUGGCCGGAGCUGAUCCCGAUGUUCAAAAUAAUUAUGGGGAUACUCCGUUGCACACCGCGUGCAGAUAUGGACAUGCCGGAGUUACCCGCAUCCUGCUUUCCGCCCUUUGUGAUCCCAACAAAACAAAUUUAAACGGAGAUACCGCUUUGCACAUCACCUGUGCCAUGGGUCGCAGGAAGCUUACGAGGAUACUCCUGGAGGCAGAUGCUCGGCUGGGUAUUAAAAACGCCCAAGGCGAUUGCCCCAUGCAUAUAGCAAUCAGGAAGAACUACCGGGAGAUUAUAGAGAUCCUAAACACGCCUAAGAAAAUAAGAAAUCGCAAGGAGAAACCCAAGGAGGGUGGCAGCAGAUCCGAUAAGGAUAAAGAUCGAGAAAGAGACGUGGUGGACAAGGGUAUCAACUGGUCGCCCUAUGGCUGUCAUUACUUUCCCGAUCCUCGUGCCUUUCCCUCUCCGAAACUGGAAACUCUGCCCAAGGAGCCGCUGAAGCCGGGCGAGCAGUACUUCCUGGACUUGGCAGGACACAUCCACAAGGGUCCUGUCAGCGUGGGCAAUACCUGCUACUGCGGUCCCUUCUUCCGGCAUAUUGAGAACAAACUGAACUGCAAUCGCAAGAGCUUAAAGAAGUACGUACACAAAACCAAGGAACGAUUGGGUCACAAAGUUCAGGCUUUGGCCAUAAAAACCAACGAUCAGAUUGAACAGCUUACGAGGACGAUGAUCGAAGACAGAUUAAGAUGUGAGAGCAAGAGGCAGCAUCUCAGUGAGUUUCUGAAAAGAGGUGAACCAAUGCGAUCGACCUUCGAUCAGCAGAACAAGAACUCAAGGAUCGAAAGGACACUGUCCAGGUGUCGAAGUCUUGAGCUAUUGGAAAACAACCAUGAAGGUGGCAGGCUUACCAAUUCUCGAAGUGUGGAUGUACUUGAAGAUCAGGCAGUGGAAGCUAUAGUACACCGAUCAGCGGAGGUGCACAUGGAGAGCGAAAGCGAUGAUGAUUCAAAUGCCGCUCGAGAAGAAGAGGAGGAAGUUGACGAGGAUGAGGAGAUUCCAGAGAAUCAAGAGCCAGAGGAGGAAGUUCCACAAAUAGAGCACUCAAAGCUUGAUGAACUAAAGCUAGAUUUCCUUAAAGUAUCCGAAAGAUUGGGAGUCCUCCUGGAGAAGACCACCUUGAUCAUGGAAAGGGACAGUGAACAGGAGAGCAAGCACCAGCUAUCGUCCUUAUCGCCACCCUAUAAACCCCAUCCGAGAGCCGAGUCCGCCCAACUUCGCGAUGACAAAGAGAGUGUUAAUAGCCCCAAUUUCGAUGAGUACACCAAUGUGCUGCGACGCUACCCGAACUCCAGCGAGACCUCGAAUCCCUCACAGAACUCCAACAGCUGGGACUGGGAGGCUUCUCCCACGGGCAGUAAUCCGCAGCCAGACUACCACAAGUACUACCAGCGAAUUGGAAGGGGCGAGAACAUGCUGAACUCCGUGAUAAAGGCUCUGAGAAAAGAUGCCUCUUUUGCGGAUCUGGGAAAAGAGGAGGCGGCUGUCAAUGAAACUGCUGACAGGAUGGGAGGCGAUAAGUUGCUCUACAAGGAGCAAGCCUGCGAGGCGGCUGGCAUCUCUAAUCUGAUGAAGCGACAGCCUUUGUGCUUGGAGGACAACUACCCCGUUAUGUCGAAUCUUUUCUACUCCAAUCCCAUCAUGGAGUAUGCCGAGGAAUCGGAAGUAAGGCAAAAUGGCAAUGAUAACGUGAACAAGGUGGAGAUUCGGAACAGCGAGAUCAAGUGUUUGAAGAAGCCGAAUGCUGGUCAGGUUCGAGACAUGGUGGCCCAGUUGCAAAAUACCAUCGAUACCAAUCGACAGGAUUCCCAAACAGCCAACGUGAUUGCGGCAAGAUCACAAUCCCGCUUAAACAACAAUUUCCAGCACGUUGAGGCCACCUCCUCGAAUCCCUCCCCCACAUAUAGUAUCCCGCACAGGAACACUGCCCAGUUCGGUCUGCCUGAAAGACAAAUACCCAAAGAUGCCUACUUCCAUGAGCUGCCCCACCGUCCACCGAUCCAGCAAAAUCCGCAGAGAAGGAUCCACUCCGGCUACGUACCAAAUGCAAAUUUCUAUCGCAACGAAGAACUAUACGUGGAGAGGAUUCCACAACCAAAUGUUCCGCUGAGGCAAGGGGAUUACAUGGGUGCGGUGACCUAUCGACCUCUUCAGUCGCCCACUUUCCAGGCCAUUGUUCCGCCCCAUCCAAAUCCACGUCCAAGGAAUUGGCCGCAUACCAACCUUCCACCCAACGAUAUUGAUCUUGACGAGGUAUCAGCCGUUGGUCUCUACAAUAAUGUCUCGAGUCUAGUUUGAUAUUGGUCCCGAAUGUUCCCAUUGUACAUAGUUAUUCCUAACGUAUUUAUCUUAAACCUAAUCAAGUUCUAAACUAAAGCAAAAGUUAACUUAUUUCCAAUUGAUGAAUUUAAUCUAGAGGGUUUCAAAGAAAUAUACAAAUACAAUACAAUGUUUUACGAAAAA